AUGGGACAACAAAUAACUACCCCCUUAACUUUGACUUUAGACCACUGGAAAGAGAUUGAGGACAGAGCUCGCAACCAGUCUAUGUGCAGGAGCGACCGACCGAAACAGAAGUCCCAGACCCAGACACCACCAAUCCUCACUGACAACCAGUCCGACCUCCUGCUUUUUGACCCUCCUCCUCCCUAUCCCCAGCCUCUUCUGCCCCAGGCCGAGGCAGCCCCCCCUCGCUGCUCCUGUUCCCGAGAGGAAAAACAGCGCGUUUUCCUUGAAGCUCGGAAAAAUGUCCUAGGAGCUGACGGAAGGCCAACCCAGUUGCCAAAUGAGAUAGAGGAUGCCUUCCCUUUGACCCGACCCAAUUGGGACUUCAAUACUCCAGCUGGUAGGGAGCGACUUUGUCUCUACCGCCAAAUUCUGUUAGCGGGUCUCCCAGGAGCCGGCAGACGGCCCACUAAUUUGGCUAAGACCACAGAAAGAAAAGUUAAUUUAAACACUGGUCAGGUGACUCAUUCCUUCCUCAUGGUGCCAGAAUGCCCCUACCCACUGCUGGGCACAGACCUCCUGUCCAAAGUUGGGGCACAAAUUCACUUCUCAGAAAAUGGGGCCUCAGUCACUGACAAUACCGGCCAGGCUCUUCAAAUUCUAACUUUAAGAUUAGAGGACGAACAUAGACUGUUUGAACUGCCUCCUCCCUCGGAGCUGCCCAUUGAGGACGAAUGGCUCCAUGAUUUCCCCCAGGCCUGGGCGGAAACCGCAGGUAUGGGGCUGGCAAGCAAUCAGCCUCCUCUGAUAAUAGAGCUAAAACCAUCAGCCACUCCAGUUUCCAUAAGAUAAUACCCCAUGAGCCGCGAGGCCCGAGAAGGAAUCAGGCCCCAUGUUCAGAGACUUUUAACACUGGGCAUCUUAAAGGCCUGCCAUUCCCCCUGGAACACACCUCUUCUCCCAGUGAAGAAGCCAGGCACAGGGGACUACAGACCAGUCCAAGAUUUAAGGGAACUUAAUCGCCACACUCUAGACAUUCAUCCUACGGUGCCCAAUCCUUAUAAUCUCUUAAGUACCCUGCCUCCAACCCAUGUAUGGUACUCAGUACUUGAUUUAAAAGAUGCUUUUUUCUGUCUGAGACUUAGCCCUCAGAGCCAGCCAUUGUUUGCCUUUGAAUGGAAAGAUCCCGAUUCAGGAGUUUCUGGGCAGCUCACCUGGACGAGACUACCCCAGGUAUUCAAGAAUUCUCCAACUCUAUUCGAUGAGGCCCUACACCAGGAUCUGGCCAGUUUUCGCACCACCAGUUCAGAGGUAAUCUUACUCCAAUAUGUAGAUGACCUCCUGCUGGCCGCAGAUACUGAGCAGAAAUGCCUACUCACCAGAUUAGAUGAAUUGGGCUACAGGGCAUCUGCUAAAAAGGCACAGAUCUGCAAGAAGCAAGUAGCCUACCUGGGGUACCCCUUGGAGGGUGGACAGAGAUGA